AUGACGAGUGAUCCUGGCAACUGCGGAAUCCUCAGGGUGCAGGAUUUGUUUGCAGUCCUCUGCCAAGAGCUGCAAAGCUCUUCCACUGAUGUGGAUACCGACAAUGAGAAAACCACAUCGUUUGAGGGCCCCAUUCGUACUCUGCUGAUCCAUGGCCCUGUGGAACUCAAAAGAGGCUGGAGGAGGCAGAAACGUCACCUAUUCCUGUUCAGUGAUUUGUUGCUUGUGUCUAAUUCCAAGUAUAGAAAAAACUUUAAGAUAAAAAUGAAAAUACCACUGAGCACCAUUUGGAUGGCAGACUGCGUGGAUGAAGUAGGGGGAGGCGACCGCAGGGCCAAGAGGUCCUUCAUGUUGGGCUGGCCCACCUUGAAUUUCAAGGCCAGCUUCAGUUCUCCAGAGCAAAAGGAUCAAUGGUACUCUUUCCUUCAAAGAUAUAUCAGUCUGGCCAAGGAGAAAGACCAACCAAAGAGCAUUCCCCUUAAAAUUGUUACUAAGGACAUCAUGAACUCUGCCUGUGUAAGUUCUAUAACAGCAACAAAUACAGACACAACAAAUGACAUUAUCAACAAGUCACUACCAAUGCUAGGAAUAACUGGCUCUGAGAAAGAUUACCAAAUGUGGGUCAGUUUGGACAAGAAAGAGGCACCAUACCCUCUCACUGGACAUGAACAUCCUUAUGAAAUUGAAAUGAGCCAUCUUCGAGCCACUGAGCUCCUGCCACAGGGAUCAAGAGUCUCCACUUCUCCUUCCACCUUCCAGGGAUCCUUCCCCCUGGAGCAGGGCUUCUCAUCUCGAGAAACGCAAGUUCAGUUCAUUCUGAAGCCCAGGCACCCAGCCCGGAGCCAGCACCCGAAAGUUUCAGACCAGAAGACAGUUAGAAGGAGACCAUCUUUCAUAAACUGGGCCUUUUUGAGGGGCUCUGGCACUCCUCAGGACAAACUGUGCAAGGAUUCAUCAACUCCUUCACCACGACAUCUCUUUGGAGCUUCUCUCACGGAUAUUUGUGAGAAUGAUAACCUGCCCACUGCUCUUCUGGAUAUGAUUUUCUUUAUUAAUCAAAAAGGGCUACUUUCAGAGGGCAUCUUCAGAAUAUCAGCCAGUGUACAGGCAUGUAGAGCCCUAAAGGAGAAACUAAAUUCUGAAGUCAAAGUAGACUUGGACAGUGAAUCUGUUUUUGUAGUAACGUCUGUCUUGAAGGAUUUUCUUCGAAAUAUCCAAGGAAGUGUAUUUGUAGCCAAUCUGUAUGAUAAAUGGCUUGAUGUCAUUGAUCAAGGGAAUGAGGAGGAGAGAAUAACUGCAAUCCAGAGACUUUCAGACCAGCUGCCAAGAGCGAAUUUGGUUCUCUUGCGAUACCUUUUUGGAUUGUUACACAACAUUGAACAGCAUUCCUCAUCGAAUCAGAUGACAGCUUAUAAUUUGGCAGUGUGUAUAGCCCCAAGCCUUCUUUGGCCUCUUACUUCCGGCAGCCCAGAACUAGGGAGCCAACUCACAAAAGAGGUUUCUCUUGUACAAUUUCUUAUUGAAAACUGUAUCAGGAUAUUUGGAGAAGACAUCACUUCCCUCUUAGAGGAAAACUCAAUGAGUUGUGAGAAUAAAGAGAAGACUUCAGCAGUGACAGUGGAUCAGCCUCUUGAGUCCAAGAUGGAGGAAAUUAUAGUGAUUCAUGAAAAGGCACAACUGCAGGAUUAUGACAAGGUCUCAUGUGACAUUGGUCCACCCAGCUCGCCCACCAGUCUCCAAGUCACUGAGGAUUAGAACCUACAUAAUUAUAUUUCACUCCUCCUUAU